AUGCGUUCUGUGCGAACUGGAGUGUCAGCAGUUACGUACGAAGCAAAUUCGGUCAUCGUCGUCGGCGGAUUUAAUGGAGUGCGACGUCUGAAAAGCACUGAGUUCUACGACCAGCGAGUAGGACUUUGGUAUCCGCUUCCCGACAUGGAAAUUACUCGAUCUAACUUUGGAAUUGAAAUUAUGAACGGAUGUAUAUACAUAGCCGGUGGAUUCGAUGGAACCCGAACUACAAGCACUGUGGAGCGAUUCGACAUGAGAGCUUACAAAUGGGAGACACUGCCCUCGAUGAGCAUACCCAAAUCCGCGUUAAGGCUGAUUCGCAUCGCCGAUCACGAUGUCAUUAGAAGUUUCAUCAACUUCCAUCCACACAAAGUCGACUUCCUCUAG